AUGGAUGUAGAAGGAGGCGGAAGCAAGCGGAUCUUCAAUAGAUUGGGCGGGCCGGCGCAACCCGACCCGAACAAGAACCAGAAAGUAUGCUACCAUUGGAGAGCGGGCAAGUGCAACCGCCACCCUUGCCCUUAUCUCCACCGCGAGCUACCUUCGCCGCCUUCGCACGGCCUCAACGGGACGGCGUCGUCCAAGCGGCAACACGGCUUCGCCGCCAACACCGAUGGCCCGUCGGGGCCACGUGGCCGGGGUCCGAAUAACUUCAGCGGCGGAGGGUCGAACACGUGGGGGAGGAGCGGCGGCGGCGGCGGAGGAGGGAAUAGGGUUUUCGUUAGGAAGAUGGAUAAGGUUUGUAAUUAUUGGGUUCAGGGGAACUGUAGCUAUGGGGAUAGGUGUAAGUUCUUGCAUUCUUGGAGCACUGGGGACUGUGUUAGCUUGUUGACGACGCUUGAGGGGCAUCAGAAUGUUGUUAGUGGGAUUGCAUUGCCUUCGGGGUCGGAUAAGCUUUACACUGGGAGCAAGGAUGAGACUGUGAGAGUGUGGGAUUGCCAAUCUGGUCAGUGCCUGGGAGUAAUUAAUCUUGGUGGUGAAGUAGGUUGUAUGAUCAGUGAAGGUCCUUGGAUUUUUGUUGGUAUACCAAAUGCUGUAAAGGCGUGGAACACCCAAGCUAACUCCGAAAUGAGUCUUAGUGGGCCUGUUGGACAAGUUUAUUCCAUGGUUGUGGGUAAUGAUUUGCUCUUUGCUGGUACGCAGGAUGGUUCUAUCUUGGCUUGGAAAUUUAAUACAGUCACCAAUUGCUUUGAACCGGCUGCAUCACUUAAUGGUCACACCCUUGCAGUUGUAUCAUUAGUAGUUGGAGCAAAUAGGCUUUACUCUGGUUCAAUGGAUCAUUCUAUAAGGGUCUGGAGCCUUGAAAACUUGCAAUGUAUACAAACACUAACAGAGCAUACAUCAGUUGUGAUGUCCGUUCUUUGCUGGGAUCAGUUUCUCUUAUCAAGUUCUUUGGAUAAAAAAUUAAAGAUCUGGGCUGCUACUCAAAGUGGAAACUUGGAAGUAGCAUAUACGCACGAUGAAGACCAUCCUUUGCUUACGCUUUGUGGGAUGCAUGAUUCAGAAGCCAAGCCAGUCUUACUGUGUGCAUGCAAUGACAACACUGUCCGUCUCUACGAUUUGCCAUCGUUUUCUGAGAGAGGUAAAAUAUUCUCAAAACAGGAGAUACGAGCAAUCCAGGUUGGCCCUGGUGGCUUGUUUUUCACUGGCGAUGGAACUGGACAAGUGAGAGUAUGGAAGUGGUUGGCCGAACCAGUUGCAACUGCCUGAGAGAUAAUAUUUUUUAUUUUGGGCCGUAUUGUAUUUUAACAUAUUAUUCUGGGUACUCCAGUAAGCGUAGUCUGGGGAGACACUUAGUUUUUGUGUCUGGUAUGAGUGGAAUUAUGAGAUAGAGGUAGGAUUCGGUAGCAUCAACAUUGUCCACUCCUUCGCACUGUGUGGCAUGGACAUAAAGAAGGUUCUUUUGGCCCAUGAAAAGUCGCAACUGCGCAACAGAUCUCCAUAAAGGGUGAGCAUACAUGUACAUGCUGUUUGCAGCAGAGUUGUAAUUGUUGCUAGAUCAUAUUGCUCCUUGUGAGCGAUUAAAGAUGUAGCAGCAGACCUGUGCAAGCGCAUGAAAGCCGAUCUCUUGUCUUUUUAGAAAACAAUAAAGGGCAACUGAUUUGAGAAGUUCAUUCCAUUUUGGGUUUCAGGUUCAUAAUAAUUUUUGAUUGAGAAAUAUGCCCCUGUAGAGGCUAUUUUGUAUAUUAUUACUGCGGUCAUUAUACCAAUUCAAUGCAAUUCUGAAGUUAAUGUC